AAGGCGGCUUCACCCGCUGAAAACUCCAUUGUUUCCCUCUGAUACUUGGAAUCCGAUUGUGAAGGCAGUGCAUGGGUUCAACGUGAUCAGAAAAGAUGGCAACAGAAUUCAUGUAUUCCCACAUACACAACCCUUCAAUGGGGAGUCCUUACAGCAACUCUAGUUAUGGUAGUCACUUGAAUGGCUAUGGAUCAAGGCAGAAUGGAAAGAGCUUUGCCUUCAGGAAAAGAUUUGAGAGAGUGGAUUGGAGAAAGAUUGCUUCUGUAGACAUAAAUCAGAUAGCACAGACUCUUGACUUCAAUGCCCUACAAGAAAACAUCAUGAACAUUACUUUUUGUAAUAUUGAAGCAGAGUUGGAUUUACGUAUGGUGGACCCAAACUUUGUCAAGUUAUUCAAGCUAGCCCAGCUGUCUAUCGAGUACUUACUGCAUUCUCAAGAAUACCUCACAGGUGUGAUAACUUCUAUGGAGGAAAAGGUGAAGAAAUCACAGGAGGAACAAAAUGAGACGAAACAGGCUGAAGACAAGCUGAAACAGCAAUUAGCAGACGUAAAGAAAGAAAGUCAUAAGCGAAAGAAGUUACUCAUGGCCCAACAACAGUUGAUUCAUGCUGGUUCUGGUAGUUAUAACAAGUGUCCAUUUUGCUCAAAGGCAUUUCUGAACAGUUCCUUCCUUCAAUCUCACAUUAAUCGUCGUCAUGGUGAUCAGUCUGUCCACUCAGCAGUGAUUACAGCUCCAACUCAACCAGAGCCGGAGAAACCUUCAGAAUUCCAAUUGCAGAUGGAUGAACUCCGAGAGAGGCUACAUGCCACUGAAACUCAACUACAACAGGAAAAAGUCAAACGCAAACAGGAAAAAGAGAGAAAAAUGAAACUACAGCAAGUAGAAGGUAUCUCUGAGUCAGAGAAAGAAAUGUACCAGAGAGAAAUAAAUGCAUCUAAUAAGAAAAUUGGGGAGCUUGAAAGAGCUUUUAAUGAGAAGUUGUCAAAGAGAUCAGGUCUGGGUGAAUUAGAAGAUGACAUUGAAGUUGAAAAAGAACUACUGCACAAGCAGCGUGAGGAAGUUGCCAUGUUGAAAGAAGAGCUUGGAGCUAAGGUGAAAUCUGUCGAGUCAGAUGUAGAGAUUCGAUUUGCAAAGCAGGAGAAAAAAUGGCAGAAAAAGGUUCAAAAUUUGACACGCCAACAUGCAGAUGAUAUAGGAAAGCUGAAUAUCGUCCUUGAGAAAGCCGGGCAAGCUCUGGCCCAUGAUAAAGACGGCCGCCAGCAUCAAAAGGAGGUGCAAUCUGUUCUUAAGCGAUCCAAGGAACAGGAGGAGUUAUUGAGGAGUCAGGGAAGCCAGGGAUACGAGGAUGAAGUGGAAAAGAUGUACAGGGAAGAGCAGUUAAUAGCCCAGAGUGAGGUGACGCCUCUUCGUCUUGAAAAUUCUAGUCAACGAAGGAGUAUGAUGAUGCCGAGUGAUGAUGAAGACGAUGAAACCACAGAAAUGGCCACGGCAUCCCAGAGCUUAACCCAGUCCCUACACAGUACCUACAGGAGUGGAGAGUUGACUUUGAGAACUACCCAAUUCCUGGAGGAAUUACGUAAGAAUCCUACACUGAAGGUGAUGCGUGAUGAACUAGCCUCAUUACUACAAGACCAUCUUCAGAAGAUUGGUAUUCCUCCAGAAAUGAGAGGUAUUCCUGAUGACGUUUUAGUCAGUAAGAUGAGUCUUCUGAAAACUAGACGACUGGAUACUGUAAAGAAGUACCCAAUCUUUCCUGAGUUUCGACGACAAUGUAAUGCUUAUGCAGAACAGCAGGCUAAAGAAAGGCUGAAGGAGAUGAAGCGUUCUCCAGUCACAUCUCCAGCUGGAUCACGAACGACAAGCCCUCAAAGACCACAAGCUGUAAGUCCACCUGGCCAAUCUGCAGCACAACGCAGGACCCCACAAUCAUCAGGAAAGGCAAGUCCUACUCGACCGAAUCAACACCCUGCCCCUAAACCUCAACCCCGAGUCCCUAGCCCACAACGAACUAUGCAGUCAACAGGAACUACAAGUGGAGGACGUACUGGAUCUAGUGUAGACUGGACCAGCACACAGUGGGAUUCAGAUGAUGAUGAUGAUGAGGAUGAAAGUGAAGAUGAACAGGCCUUCAGACAUGUUACACAGAUAAAAUCAGGACCUCGUAACAUCUCGCCAUCACCCAAGCCCAGAACGUCACCCCAUCAGCCAGCUCCUGUGACUCGUACCGCUGGUCCACAGGUCAAAACAGUUAUGUCUAAACCUUUACAUGAUGAUGAUGACUGGGAUGAUGAUGAAAGUGAAAUGGAUCAUGGAGGAUUUGGUAAGCCAGCCAUUCAGAGGUCAAGUAGCAUGCCAAUGAAAGGACCAUCCAGUGUGCAACCCAAGGGUCAAAAAGUGGCCGAACUCUCACGCUCUAUUGAGUAUCAGUUAGCUGGGAGGAAAGCAGCAAAGCCGGUAGGAGGGAUAGAUGUGAUGUCUAAAGGAAAGAACAAUGAGGAGGAGUCUGAUAGUAACUGGGAUGUAUCUUCAGUAGAAGAGGACAUCUCUCCCACCAGAGCUGCUCCAAAGAAAGCACCAUUACCGGUGAGAGGAAGUCAUGCCUCGGACACCUCUAACACCUAUGGGACAAGUGUCUGGGGGUCCUCAUCUAAAGCUGCCAGUACUGUACCUGCUGGGUCGAGUGCUGUUAGAGGAUCAAACUUCAGCGUGACAGAUGUGAGCUCAGAUGAUGAGUUAGACCUAGACAACAUAUAGACCCAAGUUCAACAUACUUGCCAUGUUUUUACUCCCAUAUCAAGAAAAAGUACCUCUCAGUGGCCAGUCAUGGCCCACUUGCAUGAAACUGUGAAAUAUUCAGGUUCUUGGCCUUCCUUAUUGGGCAAAUGAUAUACCCAACCACCCAAGGACAGACAGCUUCCCUACACCAAGACACAUUGUCAGUACAGAGACAGACAGAAUACCAGUUCUCUGACUCAUGAUUUGGUACAAUGAUGGAAAAAAUACCUGUACAGAGAUGGAUUAAUUAACUGUACAGUAAAACUUGGUUUUAGUACUGAGACAGACAGAUAUCUGUACUCUUUCACCUUGUCUUUUCACCUCAAGUUCAGCGAGAAGACAAUUUACAGAAAUCUUAGAAAAUGUAUUUGUAUUUCCUGUGAAUUAUGGUUGUGCUACAACAUACCGUCCAAUACAUAUACAACAUCAAUUAAUGAUUAGAGAUUAGUUCAUUUUUAGUUUAUGUGCAACUUUAUACAGUAAGUUUACUUACUGACUUUACUUAUAAAAUCCUUAUAUAGGAAAUUGACUGACUUUUCUGGGUAUCUAACUACAAACAUAGUUGGAGUUAGGUUCGUAAUUUUCAAUUUUAUGCACACAAAAUUUAAACUGCUUCACUGAAUAUGUUACUUCAAGGUAAAAAAAAAUUUAAUAACUAUCAGAAACAAUACUAUGUUUUUUU